GCAGCGGCGGCGGGCAUGCGCUCUCGCGCGGCGGAAGGCGCUCGGCGGAGCGCUUCCGGUGCGGGCAGCGGGCGGGAGGAGGAGGAGGAGGAGGAGGAGGCGGCGGUGAUGGCGGCCGGGCCCGGGCCGCGCAUCUGCGAGGGGGAGUGCGCCGUGCUGAAACGGGGGGACGUCUUCAAGGCGGUGGCCGUGCUGCGGAGGAGAAAAAUUAUUUUUGAAAAGCAGUGGUUCUACCUGGACAAUGCCAUCGGACAUAUUUAUGGGACUACGUUUGAAGUAACCAGUGGAGGAAACCUGCAGCCAAGGCGAGAGGUGGAAGAAACUACCACAGAAACAAAAGAAGCAGGUACAGAUAAUCGUAACAUAGUUGACGAUGGAAAGUCUCAAAAACUGACUCAUGAUGACAUAAAGGCUUUGAAGGACAAGGGUAUUAAAGGACAGGAAAUUGUUCAACAGUUAAUAGAGAACAGUACAACAUUCCGAGACAAAACAGAAUUUGCUCAAGAUAAAUACAUAAAGAAGAAGAAAAAAAAGUAUGAGGCUGUUAUUACAAUCGUAAAACCAUCCACUCGCAUUCUUUCAACAAUGUAUUACGCAAGGGAACCUGGAAAAAUUAACCAUUUGCGUUAUGACACUCUAGCCCAGAUGCUGACUUUAGGAAACAUCCGUGCUGGCAACAAAAUGAUUGUAAUGGAAACAUGUGCAGGCCUGGUGCUGGGCGCUGUGAUGGAGCGAAUGGGAGGCUAUGGAUCCAUUAUUCAGAUGUAUCCAGGAGGGGGACCUGUUAGAGCUGCCACCAGUUGUUUUGGGUUUCCAAAACUUUUUUUCAAUAAUCUUCAUGAAUUUCCUCUCAGCAAAGUGGACAGUCUUCUCUCUGGGACGUUUUCUACAGAGAUGCUACCUUCAGAAUUUGAAGAUAAUGCACUAGUGGAAGAAGAAAGCAAUGGACUGACUGAUGAGAAGCAGACUUCUAUACAGGAAACAGAAGAGGAAUCUAUUACUGCCACAGCUAUGGAGGUCAACCAAACAGAAGAGCAAGAAACAAUGGACAUUAAUGCUGAAGAUGUAGAAUUUAAAGAUAACAAAGAAAAAGAUAAUAAAGAAAAUGUUCGGGAAAAACAAAGAAAACAGUGGGAGAGAAGGAAAAAGCUAAUAGAAGCUGCUGCUCUCUUGAGAGAGAAGAACGCGGAUGGCUUAAUUGUAGCCAGCAAGUUUCAUCCCACUCCUUUAUUACUUUCUUUAUUGGAGUUUGUUGCUCCUUCAAGGCCUUUUGUUGUCUACUGCCAGUAUAAAGAGCCCUUAUUAGAGUGUUACACAAAACUGAGAGAAAGAGGCGGUGUUAUUAACCUAAAAUUGUCUGAAACCUGGCUACGAAACUACCAGGUCUUACCAGAUCGAAGCCAUCCAAAACUGACAAUGAGCGGAGGUGGAGGGUACCUUCUGUCUGGUAUAACUGUUGUGCUGGAUAAGGGCAAAUCUGAUUUCAGUAAUUUAGAAGCACUGAAGAUGGAAGAGCCAUCAUCUAAAAGAUGCAAAGUUCAAGACCUUCAGUGUUAACAUUUGAAGAAUUGAUUUGUUUUUUAGAUCUCAGGAGAUACAUGGUUAGUAAAAUAACAAAUACACUUUCUGUGCUCUUGACAGCACAGGAACAGUACCUGUCAUACAUCUGUCAGCAAAAAGCAGAAUUGUGCGGUAGGGAGAAUCGCCUCUCUCUCUACCAGUUUACAUGCUCAGAAUGAGAAGAAAAACCCGUGGAAGCAAGCCUGUGUCCAACACCACACUGAAAGCACUCUAACUUCAAAAAGACCUUCUGGUGUUCAGGAUGAGAAGUUAACACGGAGAUAAGACAAAGCAUCAGUGAAAGCACUCUUUUUGUUUGGUGCCAAAAGUGGAUAUGAUUAAAAAAGUUGAGUCCGAAUCAACCCACAUAAUUUAGCUUCCAUUUUCUCAGAACAGCACCAGGGUAAAUGUUCUGUGUAGUGGUCUCCUCCUUCUUCGGAUACUGAAACCUGCAAUGUUCAGUAAUCUAAGGAAGUGGAAUAAAUGGUAAAAAUCAUGCAUUUUUCUUUCCAAAGGAACAAUAGAAAGAGAAUACCAGAACUUUACAGCAUGACUCCACGUGUCCUGAAAUAAAUACGGGAGAAAGUGUACGUUCAUAAAUUAAAUACCAAAUAUUUAAACAGUG